AUGUCACCCCAACCACAACCACCACAGCCAACAUACCCCUCGCUCCCCGACCUCCCCUGGCCCCCAAAACCUCUCAUCAUCCUCCUCGUCCUCCUCGGCGCCCUCCUCGCCUCCGCCGCACUAAUUGUCUACCUCAUGCACGUCCCGCCCCCGCCCUUCAGCCACACUAUCGCUGGGCGCGCUUGGAAGGGCUUUGUACGGUGCUACUACCGCUACUACCACAACAACAACUACUACUACUACCACGACAUUAACUACUACGGCAACGGCGACGCCGACGAAAGUGCUGACGCCGACACCGUGGAACUAGCGCGCUUGCGCCCCGGUGUGGAGGGGGGACGCACCACGGCGCUGAGCUCGCCGUUCUUGGACAGCGCGGUAGCGUCGCCGGUGCUGCGUGGGCGUGGGGGUGGGGUGUCUACGCCUGCGACGGCAUGCGAGGCUGGCAUUGCGGCGUGGGAUACUGGCAUCGACACUCGCACCGGCAGUGACUUCGACACCAACUCCGACGCCGGCGCGCGCUUCAACUUCAGCUUCCGACGCGGGCCCAGGGACGCCGGCGCGUACACGGCCGUGCAUGCCACUGGAGAGGACGACGACAGUACGUCCGACCACGACCGAGAGCAACACCAAGAACUCCCGCCCUGGCUCGCACGCAUAGCGCGCGCCAUGGACCGUGCAGCUGAGGAACUCGCGCGCCUGACGCAGGGGGAUGGCGGAGAGGGGGAGCUGGUCAUGAGGGUUACGGCGGAGGAGAGGGGGGGUGGGGUUGAGUAG